CAAUCUAACGCGUGACACCGCACUGUCAAAAGCAGGAAGUGAAGAAUGUAAAGUACUACAAUGUUGGCGGCAUCUACUUUUAUUGAAGUUUUUAUGUUGUUUUCAUCUUUAAUUCCACAUUAAUUUCAAGCAGCUGAACGCUUUGAGUGUAUUCUCCGUCAGGCACACGGCAUGCUAACCCAACAGUCACCAGAGCAAAGGAAGUCCAGACACAAGUCCCACUAAUGCUCAUGAUAAGUCCCAAAAUGGCUUCAGGAGUGCAAGAGAAACAGUACACACCAUGUCUUCUGAGUUUUUUCAUUUAUAACCCUACGUUUGGACCACGAGAAGGAGAGGAGGAGAAAAAGAUUUUGUUCUACCACCCUAGUGCUGUUGAGAAGAAUGAGAAGAUCAGAAACGUGGGCCUUUGUGAAGCCAUUGUACAGUUUACCAGGACGUUCUGUCCAACAAAACCAGCUAAAUCCCUGCACACACAGAAGAACCGGCAGUUUUUCUUUGAGCCAGAGGAAAACUUCUGGAUGGUCAUGGUGGUUCGAAACCCAAUGAUUGAGAAGCCAAACAAAGAUGGCAAACCCCCUACGAUAGAGUAUCAAGAAGAGGAAAUACUUGACACCGUUUAUGGUGCAGUGGUAAGACAAUGCUACUGUAUGUACAAGCUCUUUAACAGUACGUUUGGUCGGGCGAUGGAAGCUGGAGGCGUCGAGCUGCUCAUUCAGAAGCUGGAAAAGUUCUUCUACAGGUAUCUCCAGACCCUCCACCUGCAGUCCUGCGACCUGCUGGAUGUAUUUGGAGGCAUCAGCUUCUUCCCUCUGGACAAGAUGACCUACCUGAAGAUUCAGUCUUUUGUAAACCAAGUGGAGGAGAGGCUGAGCCUGAUCAAAUACACGGCCUUCCUCUACAACGACCAGCUCAUAUGGAGUGGUCUGGAGCAAGAUGACAUGAGGAUCCUUUACAAGUAUCUGACCACCUCGCUGUUCCCCCGGCACUCCGAACCAGAGCUGGCUGGCAGGGACUCUCCUCUGAGGCCAGAAGUUGCAGGAAAUCUGUUGCACUACGGGAGGUUUUUAACAGGACCUACUAACCUUAAAGACCCAGAGGCCAAAUUCCGGUUUCCAAAAAUCUUUAUUUCAGCAGUGGACGGCUACGAGGAGCUGCACCUGAUUGUCUAUAAGGCGAUGAGUGCUGCGGCGUGUUUUAUGAUCAGCGCCUCGGUGGAGCUGACCAGGCAGUUCUGUGAGCAGCUGGACAGCUUGGUGGGCCCUCAGCUGACUCUGCUGGCCUCAGAUAUAUGUGAACAGUUCACCAUUAACCGCAGGAUAUCUGGGCCUGAGAAGGAGCCUCAGUUUAAGUUCAUCUACUUUAACCACAUGAACCUGGCGGAGAAGAGCACCAUCCACAUGAGAAAAACAGCCAGUGUUUGUCUCACCUCCGUCCACCCGGACCUCAUGAAGAUUCUGGGAGACAUCAACUGUGACUUUGCAAGGGUUGAUGAAGAUGAGGAAAUCAUCGUGAAGGCUAUGACGGACUACUGGGUAGUCGGCAAGAAGUCAGACCAGAGAGAGCUGUACGUGAUCCUGAAUCAGAAAAACGCCAAUCUGAUUGAAGUUAAUGAGGAAGUCAAGAGGCUUUGUGCGACGCAGUUCAACAACAUCUUCUUCUUGGACUGAGUGACCAGACUAAAAUCUGUCAGUGAGGCAGGACUUCCACAACAGCAUCAGCGUAAUGCAAUAAUUGCAUUGUAAAAUAAAACGAUAAGAUUGAAAAGCUUUUCUCACCACGUUUUUGUUUUGUUAAUUUAACCUACGACAAUUGUAAUAUUUUCUUGUAAUUACCUGUAAAAAUACAGAUUUGCCUGUACAUGUACUUGAUUUUGGUUCCUUUGUACAUACUUGUAGGAUUUCAACUGAUUUCUUUUUUCUUCCACAUUUUUUAAAUGAACACCAUAUCACAAUGUCUCAAACUAUCCUAAAAACUGACGAGCAACAGAGUUUAGAUUCUGUGAUCAGCGAUAGUUGAGAUGUCAUCAUGUCAGAAGUAUUGUGGUCUGCCAACACCUGCACUAACUUUAAAUAAACGAAGCGGUCAUUUUC